AUUUGUGUUACUUGAGGUUCUUUAUAUUUAUAUUUUAUACUAUGACGCUUAAUUGUUUCACAUCUGGAAAUGGCCAAGAAAAUUCUUUAGGUGAAAUGGUAAAUGGACUGUGUUUAUAUGGCGCUUUUCUACUCCUACGAGUACUCAAAGCGCUUUACAUUUUAAGCGUGCGUAGGGUGAAGCGUGCGAGCUGUUCAUCUCUUGGCACGGGCUAACAGGUACACAGUUCCUGCUCAACCUCUGCUCUUAAUUGCCUUUCUGAUGCGAUAUUCAGAUAGAGGACCACGUCACGUUUUCAGAGCUAAAUCGAGCACCGAUUAAAAUCCAUGCGGGAAUUUGACCCUUCAUAUAAAGCGUUGGUUAAGCUCUCAGUGUAUUCAUAGUGCAGACACCCUCAUCGCUGAAAGGGACAUCUACAUUAGUCUGGUUAAAGUAGUGACAUACCUGCUCAGCUAGACUAACGGCUUGCAAGAACUGAAUUGUGCCAGGAUUGUAGUUCACGAUCGCUGUUGUGAAGGGAUUGAUUUAGUAAUUUUUUCACAGAUACAGAGACACAAAACAUGGCUGGUUCCUUGGAUGGCCAGAGGACUCACAGAGCGGAACAUUCCACGGGGCUCUGGGACUCCGUGAGGAAGGCCGCCUUCGUCAUAGGAUCCAGCCUCUUCUUCCUGGCCGCGUUCCGGAACUCCAUCACAUGGCAUCUGCAGAGGUUCUGGGGGGCGUCUGGAGACUUUUGGCAGAUGCAGUGGACUAAAGUUCACGCACUGUUCGGUGGACGGGAGUGGGCCUUGUUCUUCGUGGGGACCAUGUUGGUGCCCACUGUGUCCUUCUGGCUACUCAACGCCCUGUUCCUCAUCGCCGACGCCACAGGGAAGCCCAGCUUCAUCACCCGCUACAGGAUCCAGCAGGACAAGAACAAUCCGGUGGACCCGGUGAGGUUACGUCAGGCCAUCAAGAAGGUUUUGGGGAACCAGCUGUUCCUGUCCGUGCCCAUGGUGCUGGUCACCUACGCGGUGAUGCAGUGGCGAGGGACCCCCUGUAGCCUGGAGCUGCCCACGUUCCACUGGGUUAUGCUGGAGCUGGCUGUCUGCGGCCUCCUGGAGGAGAUCCUCUUCUACUACUCACACAGGCUCUUCCAUCAACCAGCCUUUUACAAGCACAUACACAAGAUUCAUCACGAGUGGACCGCACCCAUUGGGGUGGUGUCCCUCUAUGCCCAUCCAGUGGAGCAUGUGUUGUCCAACAUGCUGCCUGCCCUGAUUGGCCCGAUUCUCCUUGGCUCCCACCUGACCACCACGUCCCUGUGGUUCACCAUCGCCCUGCUUGUCACCACCAUCUCCCACUGCGGGUACCACCUCCCCUUCCUGCCAUCGCCCGAAUUUCACGACUUCCAUCACCUCAAGUUCAACCAGUGCUACGGCGUACUCGGCGUCCUCGACCGACUGCACGGCACCGACUCAGCGUUCCGGCGGACGAAGGCCUACGACCGGCAUGUGCUGCUGCUGGGCCUGACCCCUCUGACCGAGAGCAUUCCCGACGAACCCAAGAAGAGAGAGUGACCUUUGCCCUUUGACCCCCUGGCCAGACUCUCCGGCAGAGAGGGAGGCGCCGUCCACAAAUCUACCAGAUGACCUGAAUGGGGAGGACCAGCACUUAUGAACAGGACUCCUACAUAAAGCUUCGGUUCAACAAACAACUUUACUGAUGUUUGUGCUCCAGGGAAAAUGGCCUUAAUUGUUGUUUUUGUAGCACUUUUUAGUAUUGUCCAAACCUUAAAACCUUUUAUUACAAAGAAGUGGUCCCUGGACGUACCAUAUAUAUAUAUAUAUAUUUUAAUUUAAAUACUUCAAUAUAAAGUAUUAUACAUUUUAAAAGAUCCCUUACAUUUUAAUUAUUCUCCUACAACCAUGUGGUAUUUUCUGUUUAUAGACUUGAUCAGACAUUAAGAAUCACCAUCAAAAUCAUGUUAAUCUAUGUACAAUGGUUUGCAAAACAAGUAUUCCCAAUAGUGAUUUGACGGCAUACGCUUAACAUUCCACUGCUUGCACGGUCAUACAAACUAAUGUAGCCAUGCUAGUUUCUCUUUUUUUUUGUGGUACACUGUUCUCCUGCAACGUUUCAAUCUAAUAAAGGAUUCUCCAGUGCUAUGGGAAAA